UCCAGAGAAAGAGAGAAACCACAGGGUACAGAAGAGAGAGAGAGAGUGUGUAUGAGAGACCGGGAGAGAGACAGGAGUCAGGGACUCGGGGCGGAGUGAGUGGGUUGAGAGGAGGGGGCUGCUGGACGAACGGAGGGUCAGGGAGAGGCGGCGGGACCGAGUGCGGGGGGAGGAUGUCCCCGGAGCAGAGGCUGCAGGAGCUGGGGCGGCUGAUGGCGCGGGCAGCGGCCGGCGAUGGCGAGGGCGGCCUGGGGAUCAGCCUGGAGACUCUGCUCGACCUCCUCCUCUGCCUGUUCUACGAGUGCAGUAGCGCCAGGGUCUGCAGAGACCAGACCAUCAGCGGCUUCCUGCAGCGGGUCACUCCGUUCAUCACCAGGGUGAAGGAGCUCCGACUGCAUCGCGAAGACUUCGAGAUCCUGAAGGUGAUUGGCCGUGGAGCCUUUGGAGAGGUGGCUGUGGUCAAACUGAAGGAGACGGAGAAGGUUUUUGCAAUGAAGAUCCUGCACAAAUGGGAGAUGCUGAAGAGGGCGGAUGCGGCCUGCUUCAGAGAGGAGCGGGACAUCCUGGUGAAGGGGCGCGGCCGUUGGAUCACCACCCUGCACUACGCCUUCCAGGACGAGCUCUACUUGUACCUGAUCAUGGACUACUACGCAGGAGGGGACCUGCUGACCCUCCUCAGUAAGUUCGAGGACCGUCUGCCCGAAGACCUGGCUCGAUUCUACGUCGCGGAGAUGGUGCUGGCGAUAGAUUCCAUCCACCAGCUCAACUAUGUCCACAGAGAUAUCAAACCAGAUAACGUUUUGAUCGACGUCAGUGGACACAUCCGACUCGCCGAUUUUGGAUCCUGUCUCCGACUUCGCCAGGACGGAACGGUGGAAACCUCGAUGGCGGUGGGGACCCCGGAUUACAUCUCUCCGGAAAUCCUCCAGGCCAUGGAAGACGGGAAGGGCAAGUACGGCACCGAGUGUGACUGGUGGUCUCUGGGGGUCUGCAUCUACGAGCUGCUGUUCGGAGAGACCCCCUUCUAUGCGGAGUCCCUGGUGGAGACUUACGGGAAAAUCAUGAACCACAAGGACAAGCUGACGUUCCCGCCGGACGCUGACAAUGUCUCGGAGGGCGCCCGUGACCUGAUUGGCCGGCUGGUCUGCAGCAAGGACAAGCGGCUGGGCCAGGCGGGAAUCGGUGAGCUCCAGCGGCAACCGUUCUUCGCUGGCAUCGACUGGGAGGGCAUCUCCAACCGGCCCCCACCCUAUGUCCCAGAGGUGGCCAGUCCCACUGACACCUCCAACUUUGACCUGAAUGACAACGUCUUGAAGCCGUGGGAUGCGGCCCCUCCCUCCAGCCGAGGCGCGUUCUGCGGGCUUCACCUCCCCUUUGUGGGAUUCACCUACACCUCCUGCAGCUCGCUGUCUGACCGGGCGAGGCUGGGUGACGCACUGGGAACGGUGACCCUCGAUCACGGUGAAGCUGAGGCCACGGGCCGGGGGAUAAAGCAGGCGCGGCGCGGCAGCAAGGAGCUCGGCUCCGGGCUCCGAGAGAGCCAAGUGGACACUGCCGAUGGGGCGAGGAGGGUGGGGGCGGCCCCCGGCCCCCAGGUCCGGUUGCUGGAGGAGGAGCUGAGCUCCGUCAGACAGCAGAGGGACGAGGCACUGAAGGAGGCCAGCGGGCUGCAGGAGGAGCUGAGCUCACGGAGCCGGGAGCUGCGGGAAACGCGGUCCCAGCUGGAGCGGGAAGCCCGGGAGUCGGCCGAACGCCGCUCUGAGCUCCGGGCCCGGCUGCGGGAGCGGGAAGGGGAGCUGGAGGCGGCGAGGGAGAAGGUGCGGAGUCUGCAGCGGGAGCUGGACAGGACCGUCCGGGCAAAGGAGGAGGUGGAGGGGAGGGCGCGGGGCGAGGCGGCGAGGCAGCGCACGCUGCUGGCGAGGACUGAGCAGCGACGGCAGCAACUGAGCAGCGAGUUCGGGAGGCUGAAGCAGGUGGGGCCCAGCAGGUCCCCGGAGCAGGAGGCCUCGGCCCCGGGGCGGGACCCGGCGAUGGUGGCGGAGGGUCUGGCCGGGGAGGAGGACGAGGCGUCGAGGAGGGAGGGGGCGCCGGCCGGCGAGCUGAGGGACCUGCGGGAGCAGCUGGAGGAGUCCGAGGGCCGGUGUCGGAGGCUGGAGGCUGAGGUGUCGGCGUGCGGGGAGCAGCUGGAGACAGCGCAGCGAGAGAGGGACCUGGCGCGGCGGGAAGCCCUCCAGGAGCUGACAGAGACCCACGAGGAAGAAACCCAGCAGCUGCGGGAGGAGUGCGGGAAGCUUCGGGCUGAGGCGGAGCUGCUCGGGGAACAGCUGGAGAAACUCCAGGCCGCCAACCGACACCUGGAGGAGGAGCUGGGCGCCGCGCAAGGCAGGAGGGAGUCGGCGUCACAGUGGGACAGCCAGAUCGCUGAAAUUAUCCAGUGGGUGAGCGAGGAGAAGGAGGCACGAGGGUAUCUGCACUCGCUGACCAACAGGAUGACCGAGGAGUUGGAGUCCCUGAGGAGGACCGGCGGCCCCGCCAAGCCUGCGGACCAGGACUGGAGGAGCCGGCGUCUACAGCGGGUGGAAGCCUCGGCCAGGCUGGAGCUGCAGUCGGCGCUGGAGGCCGAGAUCCGCGCCAAGCAGCUGCUGCGGGAGCAGCUGACAGAGGCCAAGGCCGGCGGGCUGCUGACCGAGUGCAAGCUGCAGGACGCAGAGAAGGAGAUCGAGAGCCUGAAACAGGAGCUGGCGAGCCUGAAAGAGGAAGCAGAGGUCCGGUCCCAGAGAGGUCUGCAACAGGGACCCCUCCUGACCUUCCUCCCCCGGCUUUCAGACGAGGUUCCGGACUUUUCCGCAAGCUCCCACCUCUCCCCGGACGGCAGGAAGUCUCCUGGAGGGAAGGGGCCUCUGACGGGGGGUCCGGCCGCGCCGGGUGUUGGGGCGGCAGAGUCCAGUGCUGAACCCUUGUCUCCAAGAACGUCAGUGAAGAAACCCACAUCACCAGCACCUCGAGGCCCACCUGUCACCAAGCCUACACCUCACCAAUUCAAGGUACAGUCCUUCAGAGUCCCAACAAAGUGCAUGAGGUGUACCUCGCUCAUGGUGGGACUGAUUCGCCAGGGGGUCGUCUGUGAAGUUUGCCACUACAGCUGCCACGCGGGCUGCUCGGCAGGGGCGGUGGGGUGUCCGGCGCCACUCGGGCAGCUUCGCUCGCUGGGGAUCGAUCCGAGCAGAGGUACCGGGACCGCGCUGGAGGGCAGCGUGUCGGUGCCCAGGCCGGCAGGGGUGCGGCGGGGGUGGCAGCGGGCGUUCGCCGUCCUGUCCGACUGCCGGCUGCUCGUGUUCGAGGCGGCAGAGCCGAAGGGGACCGGAACCGGAACCGGGACCGGAGCGGCGCACAUCUUCGACCUCCGGGACGAGGGAUUCUUCGUCAGCUCCGUCCUCCCCUCUGACGUCAUCCACGCCAACAAGAAGGACGUGCCCUGCAUCUUCCGGGUCACGGCGUCACAGCUGAGGGUCCCGAGCACCAAGACCACCCUGCUGAUUUUGGUGGAGAACGAGAGCGAGAAACGCAAGUGGGUGACGGUGAUCAACGAGCUGGUCUCCAUCUGCAGGCAGAACGGGCUGCAGGAGAGGCUGGUGUUGGAGGCCACCGAGGCGUACGACAACACACUGCCACUGAUCAGCAACGUCCAGACCGCAGCCAUUCUGGACCGGGAACGAAUUGCUCUGGGGACCGAUGAAGGGCUUUACCUCCUCCACGUGACGAGAAACGAGCUCACGCUGCUGGGAGACAGGAAGCGGGUCCACCUGCUGGUGCCGGUGCCGGGCUCGGGGCUGCUGGCGGCUGUGGCGGGCCGGGGCCGCUCCCUCCGCCUGUACGGCAGGCCAGAGCUGGCGACCAAGGUGCGGGAGGCACGGGGGGCCCAGCUGCUGGCGGCCGGGCCGCUCUCCGAGCCGGGCAGCGGCUGCCUCUGCCUGGCCAACCGGCGGCAGGUGAGCUGCUGGCGGCUGGAGGCCGGGCCGCCGGUCCGCUGGCGGCCGCUGCGGGAGCUGCAGGCCCCGGGCCCCGUGCAAUGGAUGGGCCUGUUCGGGGAGCGGCUGUGCCUCGGGUACCCGUCCGGCUUCAGCCUGUGGCCGCUGCGGGGCCCGGAGCCGGCCCGGGAGCUGGUGAGCCCCGGGGACCCGGCCCUCGGCUUCCUGAGCCGGGCCCCGGCCGACGCGCUGUGCGCCGCCCCGCUCUCCCCGGACCUCUUCCUGCUCUGCUUCAGCACCGUCGGGGUCUUCGUCGACGCUGAGGGCCGGCGGGCCCAGCGGGAGGAGCUGAUGUGGCCGGCGGCGCCACUCGCUGCGGCCUGCAAUGGCAGCUACCUGACAGUGUACAGUGAGAACAUGGUGAAUGUGUUCAGUGUGAAGACGGCGGAGUGGGUUCAGACCAUCCCCCUGAAGAAGGUGCGACCGCUGAGCGCGGACGGGUCGCUGAACCUCGCGGCUGGAGAGCCGGUCCGGCUGGUGUACCUGCGGAGCGAGGAGAGAGGGAGGGACUCGCUGGUGGUCUCCGAGACGCCGAGCAGCGGCCGGCGGCAGUUGUUCCGCACCGGGAGCAAGCGGCAGUUCGCCUUCCGCAUCUCCGAGGAGGACCGUGUCCAGCAGUGGAGGGAGAUGCUGAAGGAUCCCCAGGCCAGGUCCAAGCUGAUCUCCAACCCAACCAACUUCAGCCACGUGGUCCACGUGGGCCCUGGGCAGCCCACGCAGAACCUCCGCGACCGGCCCCUGCCGGUGAAUUCUCCGGAUGAGAAAGGCCAGGCUCCCUUCAACCUUCCCAUGUUCCGGCACCGCAGCAACACCGAGUCUGGGCUCCUGGGCUUCCUGAGCAGCGACAAGGCCUCCAGUGGAUCAGCAGCCAGCUCUUCCAGCACGCGGUUGCCACGGAAACAGAUAUCCAUGGAUUCAGCCUCACUAACGGACUUCUGACCCCACUCGCCUCUGAGGGACAUCCCACUGCCUCCAGAAGGGGCCGCAGCUGCUCCGUCUCGGCUCCCACUCGGGGUGAGGGGACCGGACGCCCCGUGAACCGCCACAGACUCGGUGUGGAUCCUCCUCGGGCUGCCCCGGGGCUGAUGUCUCUUCCAGCAGCGAUGGCU